AUGUCAAAUCUUAAUCCAUAUUCAAACAACUCAAACACUAAAGAUGAUUUUUCUACUCUACCUUCACUAGGCCAGCUACACAUAUCUGAAGAUGAUAAUAUAUCCGUCUCAAAACUCCGAGAACACCUCCCACCGACUUCAGACGAUGAAGAAGAAGAAUUGGACACAGACGACAAUGCUGAACCCAUGGAUCAACAAGACAGAGAUUCUCCAAACUCGGCAAAAUAUGAUGAAUAUUUAGAACUAGCAACCGAUAAAAAUCCAAGCAUGAUCCUAGAAGUGGAUUUGGAUGGGAAAAUAAGGUACAUCUCACCACGUUGGGAAACUUUAACGAGAAUACCUUGUCCCGAAUAUAUUUCGGAUCUAAUAUUAGGUAGCGAACAAGAUAAAUUAGUCUUUAAUAAAGUGAUGGAUAUGAUGUUAGCUAAUGACAACGUUAGCUAUACAGUGACAUUUAAUGUGUCAACUCAAACGAGACCCGAGAAUGAAAAACCUAACGAUAAUGAGGACAGUAUACAAAGUGAAUUUAAUCCUUACUUACAUGAUAUUAUCGCCUUUGAAGCAUGUGGUAUCCUUAUUCGAGAUAGUACUACAAAUCAACCAACGUAUUCAAUGUGGAUUUUGAAACCUUAUAAUGCGGCAUGGCGUAACGAUAACAAUUUGGAACAUAUACUACCAGCUGCAUUGAUUGAUAGGUUAGGAUUUGGAGCCACUUUAUUCUCUGACUAUUUGAAAGAUAUUGAAAACGAGAUGAUUAUAGAUGAAGCAGACGUUCCUGUUCCUAAAAUGGAAUUAUGUCGUGUUUGUGAAACAAAUGUACCAGCUUGGUGGUUAGAAACUCAUUCACAAAGUUGUGUCUGUGAACAUAGAAUUCAAUCCUUAAUACAGUUGCUACAUGAUAACUUGGUGGAACAAUUACGUUUACUUAAUAAUGAUAAUAUAACGGAAUACAAAGAUGUCCCCAUAUUGGUCAAAUCUAAAACGUUUUUGGAAUUAUCAUUGGAAUCAUUAAGAGAAUUAAGUACAAUAGCAAUAAAUAUUAAUACCAGUGAAAUGAUAUCGAGUUUUGAUGUUGAAAAUGCAAAUUUUGAAAUAUUGAGACAAAAUAGAAAUGAUACAACAGAAGAAAACAUUCCUUUACAGUCUGAAAAUGGUUCUGAUAAUUUUUUCCAGUUUUCACCAAGAACUAAAUCAAAUAUUCAAAAUAUUCAAGAAUGGCAUUUGAAAUUUCCAAAAGAUGAUGAAGAUCCAGGGUUAUCAUUAUUAGUCCAUGAUACGAUCGAUUUGGCAAGACGUAAAGUGGAUGCCGUUUUACGAUUAGAUAACGCCAUGACAUAUUCAUCGAAAAUUAAAAAUGAAGUUAACACAUAUGUCAUCCAACUAAUUCGCGAACAAAUAGAAAAUAAUAGAAUACAUCUCCCACAAUCAAUGAACUAUCCUUAUACUGCAUCUCCCAUUCCAUCAAUAUCAAAUUCUGCCUUUUCAACAGCAUCUGAACGUUUAGAUACAGUAGUACCAGUCAGUCAGAAUUUAAAACGACCAAGUACAAAUGUACUACUUCAUUCCAAUCUUGGAUCAGAAUCGAGUAUUUCCAUCAAAGAUCCAACACCAAGAUUAGCAAGAUCACACCUACAACAAAGUAGUUUAUUUUCAGAUGCCUAUUUAAAUGCAGAAGGAAUGCCUGAACCGAGAAAUAUAAAAUCAAAAAGAGAAAAUAAUUCUAUGUUGAAUAACCAGAAUGACAAUAUACAAAAUGAUAGCAAUGAAGAUAUGGAUACUUUAGGUGAUGGAUCUUCUAGAUCACGAUCAAGGUCAGUUACACCUAGACAACAGCUGCAUUUUCCAAGGACAGAUAAUAAUAAUAAUAGUAAUAAUACAAAUGAUAAUAAUCAACAGAUACAUACUUUAAGCAACCCUGUUGAUGUUGAUUCUUCAGUAACUGAGCAUUUAUCAACGGAACCAAGCUUCUACUCUACCCCUGGAUUAUUGUCAAGUUCCAAAUUUACCUCAAGUUCUAAUAACUCUGGAUUACCAAGAUUAUUAACAAGUAUAUCUCUGACACCAAGGAGGGGAUCCCCUCUACCAGAAACAAUGAAUAGUACAUAUCCAAUACAAAGAGCUAGUAAUUCAAAAUUAAAUAAUAUUAAAUCCCCCGUCAAUUCCCCAAUGAUAUCAAAUAAAGAGUUUCUCACUCCGGAACAACAUUCAAACAAUAAUUCAACUUUCCAAACACAACCUUUAUCACCACUAUUGCUAGCAACAAAUCAAACGCGACGUGUACCUCCAAGCAUAAAAGAUUAUGAUAUCUUAAAGCCAAUAAGUAAAGGAGCUUACGGUAGUGUCUAUUUAGCACGUAAGAAAAUAACAGGUGAAUAUUUUGCAAUAAAAGUAUUAAAAAAAUCUGAUAUGGUUACCAAGAAUCAAGUUACUAAUGUUAAAUCAGAACGUGCAAUUAUGAUGGUUCAAAGUGAUAAACCGUAUGUUGCUAGAUUGUUUGCUACGUUUCAAAAUAAAGAAAAUCUUUUCUUAGUUAUGGAAUAUUUACCCGGUGGUGAUUUAGCUGCAUUGAUUAAGAUGAUGGGAUCUCUACCAGACGAAUGGGUCAAACAAUACUCAACGGAAAUUAUAAGCGGUGUAGACGACAUGCAUCAAAAUGGGAUUAUUCAUCAUGAUUUAAAACCUGAUAAUUUAUUAAUCGACAGUAAAGGGCAUAUUAAACUUACUGAUUUCGGAUUAUCAAGAGCAGGUUUAAUUCGUCGUCAUAAAUUUGACUUUAAAAGAAAACAUUCUAGCAUAUCCACCGAUACUUUUAAUAGUCAUAAUAGUAUUACCAAUAAUAACGAUAAUGAUAAUGACAAUAAUAAUAACAAUAAUAGUCAAAUAUCUACACCAGAUAGUAAUACAAUAGCACAUAAGCGAAAUAGUACAUCUAAGCUAUUAAAAAAGUCUACUAUCAAAAAUACUGAUCAGGAUAUUCAUUUACAUACAAAUACACCGACACCUAGAAGUUCACGUAAAUUUGGUCAAGAUGAAGUUGCUACAUCAAGUCCGGAUCCGAAUACUAUGAAAAGGAGUGAAUCUAGAUCAUCGUUAUCAGUGUUAGAACUCUCACAAACUGGUACACCACUGACGAAUCAGGGACAAAAUUCCACUCCAAUGCACUUAAGAACAAAUUCUUUCGUUACACUCGACAGUACUGGUACUAGUUCCCCCGCAUCAGAUUUAGCUCUAUUCCAUCCAGAUGAUUCCAAACAAGAUAAGAAAUUUUUUGGUACUCCAGAUUAUUUGGCUCCAGAAACCAUUGAAGGAAGUGGUGAAGGUGACCAUUGUGAUUGGUGGUCAGUAGGUUGUAUCUUAUUCGAAUUGAUCUUUGGUUAUCCUCCAUUUCAUACCAGCACACCAGAAGGUGUAUUUAAGAAAAUACUUGCAGGGAAAAUUGAAUGGCCAAAGUUUAAAAGUCCAGAAGAAGAAAGGGAUUUUAUUUCGCCUGAAGCUAAAGAUUUAAUACUAAAAUUAUUAACUGUAGAUGUAUCAAAACGAUUAGGUACCAAUGGGGCUGAAGAAAUUAAAGCUCAUCCUUAUUUUAAAGGAGUAGACUGGGAACAUGUAUAUGAUGAAGAUGCUUCUUUUGUUCCCAGUGUAGAAGACCCAGAAGAUACAGAUUAUUUUGAUACUAGGGGCGCUGUUUUGGAGAACUUUGGAGAUGAUCACGACGAAGAUAUAUCCAAACUACAGCCCUCAAACUACUUUCACUAUGCUAAUCAAGAUGUUCCCGAUAUAUCAAGUACUCCAAACAUUGAGCCGGUACAUGUAAACACAAAGAGAUGGGCUAGUCUCCCGAACAAUACAAUAAAUGAUAAUAAUAGAAUACAAACUCCAGUGGGUAAGAUGAGUGUGUCCUCUCUAUUGGGGACUACUUUACAAGAAGAGGCUCUUAAGAAUUCUCCAACUAUGAAAUCAGUUCCAAUGGCAAUACCACCCCAUAUGAGAGAUCGUAGAACUAGUAAAUUAAAUGAUCCGCAAACUGAAUUUGGUUCCUUUUAUUUUAGGAAUUUGUCAGCUUUAGAUAAAGCCAAUAAAGAUGCUAUCAAUAGAUUAAAAAGUGAACAUAUUGCGGAAUUUCCGAAUGGUCAUCGUAGAACCUCUUCAACGUCUAUAUUAAACUCGCCUUCUGAACUGCCAGGAGGAAAGUUACGGGGUAAUACUAGUAAACAUUCAACUACAGGUUCUCCAGCCAUUGGUAUUGGAUUAUCUUCGAGGCCGAUUGGUAGGUCAGACUCAUCAUCUAUAAGAUCAUUUUCUCCUGAGCGUGGGUUUAGUAUUGAUGAAAGUGGUAUGUCUCGGAUAAGAAAAGAUGUUAAGCCUAGUGAUUCAAGUAAUAUUUUAUCGUUCAAUGAUAGCGAACAACUGAACCAACCUAGAUUCAAAUCAUUAUUAUCACCUAGCACCCCUGGAGCUCCUACUGCUGCUUGUUCUACACUAACUCCCACCACAACUACAACCACAACGACAGCGACAACUCCAUCGUUAGUGUCUCAUCAAAGAAUCAUGCCUAAUAGGGUGAUUUUCCAAAGGACCAAUUCCAGUGAAGUCUCAGUUGGAGAAACAGAUCGAUUACAAGCGGUUUCAAGAGUGAAUUCCGUACGUUAUAGAAGGAGAAGUGGACGACAAAGUUCUGGGACAGGAACUGAAAAGAUCGGAUGUAACAUGGAUAUUUUAUUGUGUGAACCAAUUCCAAUCCAUAGGUAUCGUAUAAUCAAAGAUUUAGAAAGCCUUGGUUGUACAGUCAUUGCUGCUUCUGGUGCAGAUGAACUUGUAAGUAGAGCAGAUGCAGAAAUUACAUUUGAUUUGAUUAUAACAACUUUAAAAUUACCUAACGUCAGUUCCACUGAACUUAUUCGUCUAUUAAAAUUCACAAAUGGAACCAACUCUGCUACACCGAUAGUUGCUCUAACAAGUUAUUAUGAGGAAGCUAUGAACUCUAACGUUUUUGAUUAUGUCUUAGAGAAACCUUUGCAAAUGAAAGAUAUCCGGAACUUAAUUUCCAAAUACGCAUUAAGGAAGAGCCAACGAGAUGAGUUCUCUUUGCUGAGUGAUAAUGAAGAUAUAAGGCUAAGUAGAUAG